AUGACAGAGAUGGAGCAAUCUAUGUUACAGCAACAGAUGACAGUGGGUAACACCCUCGAUAAUUCUGCAGGUAAACCAUUGUCUCUGAAGGGUGCAGAGGAAGCAUCUGCAAUGUCUGAGACUACAACGGCUAGUUCUACGCUGGCAGAUGGGAGUGAUGGACCUAUGGGCGGGGAGCCGCUGAAGUUCGAAGGUGUCGUAGAACCUGACAUGGAUAACUUACCUUCUAACCCCAUGCCUAAACAUCAACAGAAACAUGCUGUCACUUCCAUAAAGGCUGUAAAAAGGUUGAAGGAUGCUAAACCUUUCUUGCAACCAGUUGACCCUAUUAAGUUGAACAUACCGCACUACUUUACGCAGAUUAAGAGGCCUAUGGAUAUCUCAACAAUUGAGAAGAAGCUUAAUGUUAAUGCCUAUGAGAAGCCGGAGCAGGUGACCCAGGAUUUCAACUUAAUGGUUGAAAACUGUUCUAAGUUCAACGGGCCUACUUCUUCGAUAGCCCAGAUGGCUAGGAAUAUACAGGCGGCGUUUGAGAAACAUAUGCUCAAUAUGCCUCCACGUCACCGGCCAGUGCAGCCUCGGAAGCGCCGGAAGUCUAACGAGGAAGUGCCAGUGGUGAUAAGGCGUGCGGACACACAUACCGGGAGGCCCAAGCGGGAGAUACACCCCCCCAAGUCGAAAGACAUAUACCCUAUGGAGAACACAAAGCCUAGGUCCAAGAAGCACCAAGCGGAGAUGAAAUUCUGUCAGCAGGUCCUCAAGGAAUUGACUGCCAGGAAACACUCCUCAUUCAACUAUCCUUUCCUUGAACCUGUAGACCCCGUGGCUUUGAAUUGUCCAUCCUACUUCGAAUAUGUGAAGGAGCCCAUGGACUUAGGAACUAUAGGGAAGAAGCUUAAUAAUUGGGAGUAUGCGGACUACGAGCAGUUUGAGCGGGAUGUACGACUCGUCUUCAAAAACUGUUACUCUUUCAAUCCUGACGGUACCCUGGUUAAUAUGAUGGGUCACCGGUUGGAAGACGUGUUCAAUUCCAAAUGGGCAGAUCGUCCGAUACUCCCUGAGGACGAAGAUGAUGAAGAAGAAGAUGAGUCAGAAUUCGAAAGCGAUGGCCUAUAUCCGGAGGAGGAGAUCGAUGAGAGCUCAAUCACCAAUCCUGCAAUACAGUAUCUAGAGCAGCAGUUGGCUCGUAUGAAAGUGGAGUUACAGCAGUUAAAACGCCAAGAGUUGGAGCGUAUACGCAAAGAACGCAGGCUGGCGCGCAGUACUUACUCCAAUGGCGGCUCCUUCGCCGGCAAACGCAGGCGUGGUAGGGGCUCGAAAAAGAAAGGACUAGGUUCCUCGGCCUCUGCUUCCGGUGACUUUGGAUCUCUAGGCUUGAAAAGGAAGCGCAAGCUAAAGACUGUGGUCACAUACGACAUGAAACGAAUUAUUAGCGAACAUAUCGGAGAUCUUCCAGAAGCAAAGUUGGAGCGUGCCGUCGACAUCAUCAAAAAAUCCAUGCCAGACAUAGUCGGUGCCGAUGGCGAGGUCGAGCUAGAUAUCGACCAGCUAGACGAUUCAACUAUACUGACAUUAUAUAACACAUUCUUCCGUCAGUAUGGAGCCACCUCCAAUGGUUUGACGGAGGAAGAUAGACGGAGAAGCUCAUUAUCACCUCCAUCUGCUACUUCUUCCAAGGCAAACAAGCGCAGAAGAAGUAAAGCGCUAAGCGAGGAGGAGCAGAACAAGCAGAUUGAGAAGAUCAAGAACAAGUUGGCUAUCUUAGAUAGUGCCUCUCCUAUUUCACCCAAUAUGCUUGGGCUAUUGUCAGGUAAUAACGAUGGAUCAUCUUCUUCAGGUGAAGACGAUGAUAUAAGCAGCGAAAGUGAAGAAGAGUAA